AUGACUCUAGAACCGUCCGUCAUCCACCCCAGCACCUCCUCGAGAACAGGCACGUUCUACUUCGCCUUUGGAAGCAAUCUAUCGCCAUACCAGAUGUCUAUCCGGCUUCGGCACAACCCUUCUUCGAGCAUUCCUGUCGCCGUCGCUCGCCUCGAUAGCCACGCCUGGAUCAUCUGCCAACGAGGGUAUGCAAAUGUGGUGGCCCUACCUCCGUCCAAUGCCGCCACAGACGAGAACACCGUAUGGGGGAUAGUUUAUAACAUGGAUCCUGUCGACGAAGCGAGAUUGGACCAGUAUGAAGGACACAACGAAGCAAGGAACCCCAGUCCCGAGCUCAACCCAGACCCCGCCACCCAGCAGAUCAAACGGUAUCUGCAGGGCGGCUGGGAUUAUAAUAAGCACUACUUGCCGGUGGCUGUGACCAAGUGGUUGAGAGAUCCCAACCAGUACGGAGUUGCUGUACCGGACUGGGAUCGCUCUGGUGCUCACAAUACCACAAUCCGUGCCCUUGUAUAUGUCGAUGAAUUCCGCAUCAAACCUGGAAAAAUAGCACAUGAAUACAUCGGCCGGAUGAACAGAGCAAUUGACGAAUCUGUGCAGCUGGGCGUGCCGCAGUCCUGGGUGGAUCAUGUCAUGCGCGAAUUUAUUCCCCCAGGCAUUUAUGUCGACAAGGAGGGAUACGUCGGAGCGGCGGAGGGUUAUGUUCAGGCCGAAGCGACGGAGGCUGAUGAUCAUGUAAAAGAGCUCACGGUGAGACAACACGAUUAA